AUGAUGAGGGUUGUAUUACUUUAUUUAAAUGAAUGUACAACUCUUUCUUCUAAAAAGUGUAAUGAGUUAUUACAAUCCCUUCAUCUUUCAGUUGUAUUAUUACCAUUAUUAUUUACCAAUGAUGAACUUAAUAAAAAUAUUAAUAUGUUAAUAAGACUUUAUGAUUAUGAUAAUGAAAUUAUCUCUUAUUAUCCUUCAGAAGCAGUCGUUCCAAUUAUUUUACGGUCAUUUGAUAAGACUACUUUCAUCUCGGAAUUACUUGAAAAUAAAUCACUUUCAAAAGAACAAACUUGUUUAUUACUUAAAGACAAACCAAGACAAUGUAUGUCUUUUAUUGAUAAAUUACCAUAUGUUCAUUGUUCAACAGAAUUUUUUAAUAGUCUUAGUGAAUCAAGAUUUAUAGAAAUUUUCUUUAAAUUGUAUACUGCUUACUGCCAAUUUGGUGAGCUUAAUAGAAGAAGUAAUACUCCAAUUCAAACACAUUUAUUUGAUAAUAUGGUUUGUAAAUUAUCAAUAAAAAAUAGGAUAGAAUUAUUUGAACAAUUACCAGAAACCCCAAUUGAAAACACAGAAUUAAUGAUAAGACGUAUUUUUAAGAAGAUAGGUACGGAAGCUUCAGAAGAGCAACAACAAGAAAUGGAACAGGUAUUACACUGUGGACCAAAAGAGAUUAUAAAUUAUUUUUUAGAAACUAUUAUAGCAUAUCCUAAUUUUAUUACUACUAUAGUAAAAGUUGUUUCAAAGAUAGAUAAAUGGGAAAUUAGUUUAAUGAACUCAAUUGUUUGUAAACGACUUCAUGAAUUAAAUAAUGAAAUCAUUGAAAAUUUAGAACGAAAAAAACGAUUUGAUAGUAAUGAUAGUGAAAUUGCAAAAACAUUUUCAGAAAGAUGUGGAAAUGAAAUUGAAAAAGGAAGAAAUGUUGAAAUGGUUUUAUUUUCUUAUCUUGGAGGAAUAUGUGAAUUUGAAGAAGAUACAUUUAAAUGGAUUAAAAUUAUAUUUGAACAGAAUGGGUUUGGAGAAUGGGUUUAUCAUAUGUUAAGUGAAAUUAUACGUUUAUGUGAACGAUCUAAAUGGGUUAACAAUUUUGUACAAGAAAAAAUUCUUAUUGAAUUGAUUGGUGUGAUGGAGAUUGAACGAAUGAAAUAUGAAAAAGAUGAGUGGUAUGAUUGUUGGAGUAAAAUGGAAAGAAAGUUGAUUAAAGGACUAGACUUAUUAAGUGAAAAGAAUGAACAAAUAAUCUUUGAUGACAUUAAGAAAUAUUGUAGAAAGAUGAAACCAGAAGUUAUGUGGGAAAUUAUAAGAAGACUUGAAAAGAAAGGUAUGAAGAAAGGUAUUAAACCAAUCAUGGAAAAACAACAAGGAGUUGAUGAAUAUGAAAAUAAUGAAAGAAUAGUUGUUUGGGAACAUUUCUUUAGUAUUGAUAAUGAUAUAUUAGGAGUAGAACCAACAGAACUUGAAGCUAUAAGAAAAUUACAACAUGAAUGUGAUCAAAGGAAAGGGAUGAAAGAAGAAGAAUUAAAAAAACAAUUUUCAAUUGCAAUAAGUAAACUUGAAAAAAGAGAGAGAAUAAACCUAGAACAUUUUAGUGCUAUUCGAACACAAAUCACUAAAAGAAAAGAAUUUAAUGUACAACAUUGCAUAGAGGCAAUGAGAAUGAGAGUAGAUUGGUUUUUCAAAGAAUGUAUUUUUAAAAGAGUAAAUAUUAGUGGGAGUGAGGCAUUGAUUACAGCUAAAAUUAUUGAAAUGAUGAUAGAAAAGAAUGUGAUGUAUGUCAAUGGAUUUUUAUUAAUUGAUAAAUGUAUUGAUAAUUUCUUUGGCAUAGCCUCUAUUGUAUCUUUAAGAGAAGCUAGGUUUUGGGGAAUAUUUAUUGGUGAUUUAAUGAGCUUUAUGCAAUCACAAGUCGAUACCUUCGAUCAAACAGAAGAACAAAGAAAGAUAAAUUGGCACUACUCAAUGGAAAAAUUACUUACUAAAGAAAAUUUCUUAUUCCUGCAAAAUGACUGGAAUACAAAAAUAAACCAAGUCAUUCUCUGUUUACUAACCCAAACUAAUACUUAUUUCACUAAAAUAGGACUUCAACUCUUUGUUGGAAGCUCUCGUGGAAUCAAAACCUGUUCAGAAAUUACAAAUACUUUGGAUCAACUUAUCAAACACCCUGACAGCAAAAUAAGAAAAUUAACUAAUACUGCUUUUGAUUCUUUAAAAUAA